ACCCGUUAGAUUUUUCGGGGUCAUGAACCCCUUGGGUCAUUUAAAUGAUGGAAAAAAAAAAAAUAGAUGAUUUGCAGGGUUCCAGUUGUCAACAGAGGGUAGUUGUUGAAUUAAACGACUUGUCGAAUUUUUCACCUCGAAAUGUUCGAUCACACCGGAGAUGAAGCGGGGUGGAUCUGCGCAGAGUGAUAGCGCAGAGAAAUGUCAGGUGGAAGGGGGUGAGAGGUAAAUUAAUUUAUGGAGAGAGAAUGCAGAACGGUACGAGCGAGAUGGCGCCAGUGAGUAUUCAAAUAUCACUUGAUCAUCAUGCGCGAUGCGCAUUGUGCACUGUCACAUGUCUCAAGGAGUUUCAGCGAUGAUUAGGGGCUUCGGUGGAUUAAUGUGGAUUUUUUAGUAUCAAAGCCAGGGCGAUCAGUCAUCGCUUCCAACCACUGGAAAUGAACGAUUAUUGUCGAUUAAUUGACACUGAAAUCGAUCUGUGGGAAUGAGUGUGAAUCUAAUUUUGUUACUAGGAAACAGGAGAAAAUGGUAAUAUCUGUGCCAACACCUUUCAAUCAGCAAGAAAAUCAUUUGAUUUCGUUUUAUCGAUCAUGAGGGGUUGACGAUUGAAUACAUUGACGGUUUAUUGGAUGGCCUGUGUCUCGCUGAUAAUUAGGCCGGCCCUAUGGAGCAAGGGUACCGCAUUAAUACACCUGUUCCACGCCCCUCCCCCCCAACGGGGAGCGAGCCUUCUGGUGAAUUUGACCUGUCGCAUGAGGUUCAAACGUCAAACAUCUGCCGCGUCGAACAAUGACCAGAAAACCUGUAUAAUCUGGGAAAUGCCGAGAUAUUUUGGCAAUCACAACGGGUUUUUUGUCUUUUCACUUGCCACAAUGGCACUAUUUGUGUUGAGAGGGCAUCGUAAAAAUAGAUUAUGCCAAUAGCCAGUGAUUUUUCCUUCCGAAUGGAAGUGUCGAGUGAAUGAUGAAUGAAUAUCAGUGAAUCAAUAUGCGGAAAUAAGAUAAUUCAUGGGAGUUGGCUAUUGCUCAAGGUUCUCAUAACCCCACAAUUGCUGUAUUCCAACGGAAUAAAUUUGACAAUCCUGUUCCACGUGAGAGUGUCACGACUCAAUACCUAUGUUCAAUGUACAACAGACACAAAGAGAUUAUUCGGGCGCGUGUGGGGGGUUUGAAAUAAAGAUUGAGAAAAUCUCUUUGACGCAAGUUGAUGCACGAAUGGAGCUCAGCGCUAUAUUCGUUCAUAGUGGGUUUUUAAAUGCGUUAGUUGGUGUAGCAAAGGUUGGACGAAGGACGAUAGGCCUCUAAGCUUUUGUCAGACUGGGGCAGAGAGGGGUAUUUAAUGUAGUCGAGAGCAGAGCCAAGGACACAACUAGCCCGAAUAAUGACCCGGCUUCGUUGGAUGGUAUCAAGGACAUUGUUUACUUCAGUUGGUUAAUUUAGGACUUCAGGAGAAAUCCCCCAACUCGCUGGCAUUCAUUUGGAUGGCAGAUUGAAUUUUUGGAGAGUUUCGACAGACUGUCAGGCGAUAUCAAGUGCCAUUGUUUUGCAGAAGUGCGCGAAGAUAAUCCUCAUACAGAAUAAAAAACAAUAACUAUAUAUACAUGCGUGUAUGGUAUAAUGUUUCUAUUAUUGGAAGGAAUCAAUUUAUUUUUAAAGAAUUACACAACAAAAAAAUAUGCAUUACUUGAUAAAUGGAACAGAACAGUUGCACAAAUCGUGGGACUAGUGUUUUUUCGCAAACAGACAGCGUAGAGAAAUCAUGAAUAAAAUGAUAAAGAAAUGUUAUAGAUAAUGACAAUCCAAGUAUUGAAUUGUUUGAAUGCAAAUGAAGUAACAAUAACACAUCUAAUUUCUUUCAUUUCAUAGCGAUGAAUAACUGAAUCAAACGAUAAAAAGACCAAGUGCGAAAUAAUUAAUUUCUCAAGAGCUUUUGAAUGAGUCAAGCCUCGCUAAAAAUACUCCCUUAAUACAGAGAAAGAUAAUUAAAACAACAAGGACGCCAUUAGGGAAUCUAAGACCAUACGUCUUGCGACAGAUGAAAAGACGCAACACAUGGUUUACGCACACUCUUUUCCUCGUAAGUAGGCCAAAAAUAAUUAAACCCUAAAUGACACGUGUCUUUUCACUUUUCCUCAAUCAAACAAAUGUCUUGCGUCCUUGCCGAGGACAAUAAACAUUUUUCCUGGGCCACGUCUCGGCCAGAAACUUUGGCCAAGAAUAGACAGUGGGGGAGGCGUCAGAUAUUAGAGAAAAAAUAAAUCGGUCUCUUCCUACCGUCAGAAUAACGCCAUGAGAAUUAUCAGAGAUGGUCCAUGGACGAUUCUCCAUUACGAUAACAAUCAUCGAACAAAAAUUACCUACAAUCACGGGAAAUUACGUGAAUUGUUUACAAAUUUUUACGGAUCAUUUAAGACUGCGAAGUUGCACACACAUCUGACCCCUUUGCUGCGAAGAAUAUCCCCCCGAUCGGCCCAGAGGGUCGACGGAAUUUUCGAUUUCAAUUAUUCAUCCAUGAGAAUGACGCGUCACUCCGGUCAAUGUGACGUCACUCAUUUCAAGAAUCAACGUAUUCUCCGUGGAAUUGACUCAGAUCAAGAAACGCAGAGGUACGAUGACGCACACUGUAACUUCCCGAUUACUUAUCGGAGACAUUGGGUCUCAAUUCCGGUACUGUCAUUAACCAACAAAGGUAUCACUAACGGGCGAGUCUUGGGAGUUCCAGUGAAAAAGGUCUGAGUCUUUAAUAAAUAAGAAAGUUACCAAAAAUUCAGCGAUAUUUGUUCUUUGUCUUUAAAUAAGAAGAUUAAACUGAUUAUCUCACCUUUCAACAAUUUUCAUUACUGUUAAUUGUUUUUUCGGGAUUAAUUGACACAGAUUGAAUAAAAAAUAAUUCGACACAGUUGUUCAAAAUUUAAAGGUUCUAUUCAAUAAUUUAUUAUUUUAAUAAUUCGAUCUUUUGUGAUUUUGCCGUGCGUUAUUGAAACGUUCAUACAGGUGUGGAAGUUAUCGUGUUCUAUUCAAAUGAUUUGUUCAUUCUCUAUCUUAUUCUACUUAAAAAAAUUUAUAAUCGAUUAAAAAAUUCAAGUUUUGGUCGGAAGAUGAAUUACUAAUUGACAUGAAAAAUUAAAUUUCAACAAAUUUUCAAUAUGAAUGAGAAAUGUUAUAAGAAAAGCUCAGAGUAUUGAUAAUUUAAACGUUAUUGCCAUUGAAAUUCCAAGAAAUUUCAAAAUGUAAAGCCUAUAUAUCCAAUAAUAAAGAAAAAACAAGAGACAAAGUGGCCAAACAUGCCCAAUCACUCGAAUUCCCCGCGAAACAUCAGAGUCAGCUGAUUCCCCCAUUUCUUGCGUUAUCUGACGCAACGCAGCAAAAAUCAAAAUUUCCUCUAAUCGAAGCGCUCUCCCCACUGAAAAAUAACGAGACCAAGCUCGCGAAUUGAAAUAAUAAUAAUAGACAAUGACAGUAGACUAAAAUUCGUCAUUCACGACAGGGGAUUGAGAAGUCAAGGAUGCGUAGCAGUGGGAGAGUGAGUGAAGCAAUAAAGAUGUGAUAGAAAAAAAAACUUGAGACCUAGUCAAGAGGAAGUUAAAACCCACGCGAACGUAAAAGUGAAAAGUACAAGUGUUUCGAGACGCAGUUGUGAAUCAAAUGCCCCUAAGCUUUUGACCCCAGUCUUAUCAUAUCUCGGCUGGCUGAUCCAACGCAGCUGAAACACUGAAGAAAUAACUAGAAAAAAUUAUAUUUUGAAAUAGAAAAUGAAACCUUCUUUUGAAAUCUUUCAUCGUAACAUGAUAAUUGCAGAUGAUAGAGCUAUUUUACAUUACCACUGAUAUUUUAACUACAUCCGAAAAUUGUAUUUAAUAGUUGUUAACCUAUAAAUUUUCAUCGUCACGUGGACCUUGAGGACUCGAAGUGAAAUUUCCUGAGUUAUUUUCCAACAGCACCGAAAAAAAACGUGAGAUUUAUAGAGUCCUCCAAUAGGAAUGGGGCAGGAUUCAUCAUGUGGGUGUCGCCAUCUUGUGAAUUUGAGAAUAACUCGAAAGUGUUGGACGCAGUAAUUUCUCUGGGGUUAUAUCCCUAGUUGUAGAGGUGAGCAGACUGCGAUAACAAGUUGUGUUUUUGUUUAUGGGAAUUUGCUUUGUGAGGGAAAUGGUUCGUUCAACUUACAAAAGACAAAGAGGAUUAUUUAUUCGUACGAGGUGGUGAGCUACAACAGUUUCCAAGAAUUCUUCAAGGUUUUUUUUUUUAAUUUUUGGAGUCUCGGCGAUUGUGUGGAGACAUUGAUUGUUGAAGCAACUGAAGUUUUACAUUGGGUAAACUACGAGUUUGGAAUAAUUAAUGAGUAAAAUAUUUAUAUAGAAAAGACAUAGGUAUUGAACUGAAAUUAGCACGAAACUCUCGUCAAUAAUUGGUGAAACAAUCUAUCGGAAUUACUCCGGUAAAUCAUUAGUGAUAAUGGCAUCGCAGAGGGAGAGACGUGCCAAUGCUGGCAAUAAAAUGGCAAAAUUAUUGAAUGAAGAAGAGGAAGAUGAAUUCUAUAAAACAACGUACGGAGGGUUCGACGAGGUGGAGCAGGACAAUGAUUACAUGAUGGAGGACGAAGCAGAGGAUGAGGUGGAUUCGGACUUCAGUAUAGAUGAGAAUGACGAGCCGGUUUCGGAUCACGAGCAAGACGAGCCCAAGAAGAAACGCAGACUCGUGACAAAAGCGUACAAAGAACCAAAACCAUCAACCCAGAGCCAAGCAACACCAAAGGAGAAAAAGCCAAGAGCCCCCCGAGACAAAAGAUUUUUGAACGAUAGUCGAGAAAGAAAAUCCUUACGUAGAUCAACAGCCUCAAAAUCAGCAGCAACUGCAAAAAGACUUCGAGAAAGGAACGAGGAUCAGAGAAGAAAAGUAAAAGUUCGGCGUCACGAGGACUGGAAGCCAACGCAGGAGGAACUCCUGGAGGAAGCCCUGGAGACGGAAAAAAUAAAUUUGAAAUCAUUGGAGAAAUACCAGAAGUUGGAGAGUGAGAAGAAAAAUGUGAGAGCUGUGAGGAAGACUCAUUCGCAGCCCAUUAUUCGUUAUCAAUCGUUGGCAAUGCCUGUGAUGGUCUUGAGGAAUCCAGAUGACAAGAAGACGGAAGAAGGGAAGGAGAGAGCAGCUGAUGGUGACGAGGGAAAACCCAAUGGCUCAGAUUCCAUCCUCAAUGACUCCGAAAAAUUAUCGCCAGAGGAGUCUAGUAAAUCAGAGGAAGGAGACAAGGAGACUGAUUCAUCGAAAAAAGAAAAUGUAUCGCAGAAAAUAGAGGAGAUUAGGAAUCCAGAGGUCGGGGUUGAACAGACUGGUGAACGAUAUGAGCGGACUUUUAUAACUUUCGAGACUGAGAAGAUGUUCCUGAAGGCUUUCAAGAGGAAACCCCAACCUAGACCCACUCUCAAGUCUCUAUGUGCAAUCACGAGGCUCCCUGCCAAGUACAUUGAUCCAAUAACUAAUCUACCUUACAGAAAUGUACAGACAUACAGGCUGCUCCGAGAGGCGUAUUAUCAGCAGGUGGAGGCUCGUACUGAUGCUAAUGAUACAGUUGGUAAUCCAGAAUUGACAAAGUGGCUGGAAUGGCGGCGACACUAUCAACAAGGAGGAGUGCAGAAGAGCACAGUACGACUUGAACCUGCUUCGGCGUACACCACUUCUUAGCUCGGGGAUACUCCCCCUGAUAUGGGAACAUCAGCUGCUUCCAACCAUAAUCCGAAUACUGUAUCGUGCUACGUCGUGUUGCUUAAUAAACAGUCUUAAAGUUUUUAUGGUGUGGAGGGAAAACUGUAAAUGAAGACAGGAGAUUUGAAUGAUUAUUGGACUUUUUGUUUUUGUUUUGGGAUCGUUUUGGUGAAAGAUGAAUCAACAUAGAAGAUCAUUUUUUCACUGCGGUUCUGAAAUAAUGAAUAAACAAUUUAGAUAAAACAUCAUCAUAUUUUAGUCGAUGCAACUAAAAUAAAAAGUUUUUUAAAGAUGUGAAUACAUAGUCAACAAUCUGCACAUAUUUUUUCAGAAUGAAAGAUUGAAAUUGAAAAUAAACACGAGAAAUUUAUAUAUUUCUUUAAUUGUCUUAUACUUAGUGAUAUUGUUUAUAAAAAAAAUAAAAAUUAAAAAAUAUUUUUGUUCGUUAGAUCAUAGACAACCUUUUAACAUUCUGUUUUCUGGCAUGCGGUCUAAUGAAUUAUCUGCAGGUAUCUGUUAUGACAUACAGACAAAUUUUUUAUAACGCCUCAAAAUGUUGAAUAUUUACGUUGUGAAUUUUUAAUGAAAACACAGUAAAUCUCCAUUUAUUGAGAUAAAUAUUCAAUUCAAUUCUUUAUUGGAAACCUAAUUUCCUUCAUGAAAUCAACUGGUAGAGUGUACAACUUACAAAAAUCCGCUGUAUUCCUAAAAAAAACUCAGGAUAUUAUGAGAGGUCUUUUCCUAUUUGUUACUAAUUCCAUGCAAAAACCUAGAAAUGCAAAUACUUGACCCCAAUCCUGAGGAUCUUCAGGGGGAAAUGCAAAAAAAGGCAUUAAUUGGCGAUAUGAAAGAAGGGAAUUAAUGAAGUAAAAGGUGAGAUUUAUAUAAUUCUUUAAUUUAUGUUCUUUUCGUUCUUUAGUGUAUUGUCUGUAGAAAUCAAAUUGGAAAAAAAAUAAAUGUUCAGUAUCCCUUUUUCUUGGCGCUUAUAGCCACAGUCUCCUUCCACUACUCUAUGGUACGUAUUACAGAAAAAAAAAUAUUCUCGAAGACUAUAAAAAAAUUAUAAUGAUGGAUUGGAUACAAGUUAGAGGAUUACGCAUAAUGUGGUAUUGAAUUUAUCGGGAUUUUUUUUCUCAUAACGAUCCAUAUGAUUUUGGUUUUCUGAAGUAUUAUCCUACUUCUGGACUCAUUGAAAUCUCGCGCGCAGUGUUCAGAGGUGAAAUAAUUCAUUCAUAAGUUUCAUCGAUACUGUCAAUGUUCACCUGUGUUAAUCCAGUCAAUUUCACUUUCUUAAUAUUAAUUAAUGAUGAAUUUGCCGUCGCAAUAAUUAAAAGUCGUUAAUAAAAGUGCAAAUAAUUUUUGAAUAAAAAUAAUAUCUCCUGCAGUCAUUAGUUUGCUUAAUAAUUUUCAUCAUUAGGGACAAAUUGUUAAAGAACUAUUAAUAUACUUUAUUUUUUCAUCAUUUAUUAUUAAUUUUAUCUUUUCCAUACUCGUGACACUUUCGCACAGCUCUUGACAAGAAAAGCCUCUCGUAAUAAAAACAAUGUGAUUCAAAAGCACGAUAGCAUGGUGCCUAUAACAUAUACGAAGUAUCUUUAAUGUUUUUUUUUUUCAAUUUUUAUCAAUUUUUUUAAAAAACAAACUACGUGAGAGCGCGACGGACAAUGAGCAACACGGUCGGGUUUUUUUUUUUGUUCACGUCAUUUAGAGUUUAUUUAAUUAGUGAAAUUUACCAUUUUUCAAACCCACUUCGUUUGUUUUCUAUUACUUCCUGCAAUAUACACAUUUAUUACUUCAAUUAUUUCUUCAUAUUUCAGUAUUAUCCUCCUCCACAACUAUUACUCGUUCAUUGUAUGCAAUUUUUUGCUGACGGCCGCCUUCAUUUUUAUUUAUUCCAAUUGUGUUUUUUUUUUCUUUAAUUCCGUAAAUAUAUUAUUACAAAUUUGCUUAUAUAAGUCACGGUCA